AUGUCUAAUGAAUCAUCAGCAGAGACCAAGCUUUGGCGUCAGUUCAUCUACAGACUCAUGAUGUUUGACAGCAAUGUGAGAUAUCUGUGUGAUAAAACUGUUCAGGACAAAACAACGGUGGCUAAUGAAAAUGACUCAGUUGGUUGUGAUGAUAACGAUGAUGACUUCUACAAUUUUGGAAAUGUUCAUAAUGAAACUGGUCAUGUAACUGAUAACAAUGAACACAUUCACCCCAUGGACAUUUUCAUGGCCGUUUUCCACUGUUCUGAUGAUAUAGCACGACAGUGCAUUUUUACCAAACUCUCCACAUGUCAGUUUGCUCUACCUCUACUUGUGCCAGACUUGUGUACUGAGGAAAUAGAAAUUCCAUUGUCAGCCCUUCAGCAGAUUAAAAAGACAUUGAAAACAAAGCAUGAGUCUGAUGGAAAGAGUGUUGAAAGAUAUAUGAGUCGUUUCAUAUUCAGUGCAAAAGUACCAACUGUAUCCUUCAUAAGACUGGGGACAUCUUCAAAUUCAAAGUCUCAAAUCAUGAAUAACAUCAUCAGCAAGAAGAGACAUCCUGUUUUUUUCAGUCGACACUGCAGUGGAAGCACAACAAACAGACCACUUCUGGAUGGAGUGGCAGAGAUUUUCUGGUACUGCCCAGGGGGAAGGAAAGAUGAUAUUUUUGAGACAUGUGUGGCUUUCAUCAAUCUCCAUGGAAACGCUCAGAUGUAUCCCAAUCAGCUAGCCUUCAUACAGGACAUAAGCACUGUCAUUGUGCUUUUGCUCUCAGAGAACGAACUGGAGAUGGAGGAGAAGAAAGUGGUAAAACAUCUACAGAAGUCAAAUGUUCUUUCUGAUCUGAAUGAUCAAUAUCACAAAACAUGGACUGAAAUCAGACAAAAUACAACAACUAAAGAUAAAGAAAGGGGAAUAAAACUUCAAAACAUCCUCAAAGAGAUAACUGAGAACAUCAAGCAUGCCACAUUUAAUGUGCAACACAUCCUGAGAGAAAUAGCACAGUUAUAUGAAGUUCUCCAGCCCAUGGGAGAAGAAAAGAUGAUACAUGGCAUUGACAUUAACAGGUUCCCUGAAAUUGGGGCUGAAAUGCUGUUGUCAGGAUACCCAUUAGAACUAAUGGAUGGAGAUGUGAAUCAUAUUCCUCUGGAGUGGAUCAGUGCUGUCUUUGACAAACUUAUUUGCAAACUUGGGGACAAAAAAGUGUUUGUCCUUGCUGUUCUCGGACUACAAAGUUCUGGAAAGUCUACACUCCUGAAUACAAUGUUUGGAUUUCAGUUGGCAGUAAGUGCAGGGCGUUGUACAACGGGUGCAGUAAUGCAGCUAGUCCCUGUUGAAGAAAAACUGAGAGAACAGCUGCAUUUUGAUUUUGUGUUAGUGUUGGACACAGAGGGCCUGAGAUCAACUGAAAUGAACCAGAGCUCCACCCUAUGCCAUGAUAAUGAAUUGGCAACCUUUGUAGUUGGUUUAGGGGAUGUUACGCUUAUCAACAUCAUGGGGGAAAAUCCUUCUGAAAUUCUGGAUAUUCUUCAAAUAUGCUUUCAGGCAUUUUUGAGGAUGACAUCUGUAGAAGUCAAACCAAGAUGCUUUUUUGUUCAUCAGAAUGUUUCAGAAACAACUGCAGCGGACAAGAACCAAGAGGGGAGAAGACAGUUGAUAGCAAAACUUGAUGAAAUCUCCAGAGUAGUAGCUGAGGCAGAGGACAGAGAAGUCAGUGGUUUCAGUGAUAUAAUACAGUUUGAUGUUGAAACUCAAGUGUUUUACAUUAAAAAUUUCUUUGAAGGAGAUCCACCAAUGGCUCCGCCUAAUCCGUCUUACAGUCAAAAUGUUCAGGAGCUGAAAACCAAACUCUUGAAUGUUGCCAAAUGGCAGUCAAAGUGGAAGCCCCCCACCCUGUCAGAAUUUAGACAGAGACUCCAGGAUUUGUGGACUGCACUGAUGGAAGAGAACUUUGUCUUUCACUUCCGAAAUUCUCUGCAUGUUAUGGUGUACAGUAAAUUGGAGGAUCAGUAUGGGGAGUGGUCAUGGACACUAAGAAAGCAUGCGUUGGAGACACAGAACAGUCUGCAUUACAAAAUUUGCAGUGGUGAGAUUGGUGAUACACAGAUGAAGCAGAUGGGAGAGGAGAUUCAAAACAGUAUAGGUGGCGUCUACCGAGAAGUCAAAGAAGACAGUGACAAGUAUUUUACAGAAGAAAAACAUCCUGAAAUUCUUAUUCAGUGGAAAGAUAAUGUUGAGAAAAGGCUUGAGGGACUGAAACAUGAACUAAUAGAGGAAGCACACACAAAAAGUUGUGCCUUACUGAAAAGUAAAAAAUGCCGAUUGGAGUUGGACAGAAAGAGAGAAGAAUAUGUGUCAGAUCUUCUUCAAAAAAGCAAAAAUCUGGCAGCUAACUUAAAGGGAAAACAACAGAAUGAUGAGGAGCUUAGGGAAGAGUUCAACAAACUAUGGACAACAUGGGCCAUAGAAGUGUCCUCAAAGGAGCCAAAAGCAGAACCUGUUAAUAUGCAAGGAAUCACUGAAAAAAUCUUGCAAGAACAAUUCAAGAAAUAUUGGGACAGAAUAAUUCAGCAUGAUUUCCAAUUUAACGUGAAAGACCACAUUAGGACUGGUUUGAAAGACACUGUCGGAUUUUGGGCAGGUUGGAAUUGCGAUAAACUAUUAGAGAUUGGAAAAAAAACCACUCAAGAAGUACAUGAGGCUGUGAACAAAAUACUCAUAGAGAGAGAGAGGGAGGGGUUUGAUGUAAAUGAUUCUUUUAUUCAUCGUUUACUGAAAAAAAUUGAGAGUGUUAUUAAUUCCUUGGAGACAGAGUGUGAAAUAAAAUUCAAAGGGCUAUACAAAGCUCAGGUGUCCUUUGAUGCUUGCAGCAAAGCAGUGAAGAGUCUAAAAUCACUCAGUGAAAAUUUCAAGAAAUCAAAUGAUCCACUCACUUACUUCAAUAGUCAACAGGAUGGCUACUUCAAGAUGUUCAGAAACUUCUGUAAUGAAGCAGCAUCAGUUAAGAUCUUUGCUGAUUUCCUUGGUAACCAUGUCAAGUCAGUACUGACAGAAGCUGUUAUUGACAAGGUCAGCAUUGGUAUAGUGCACGACAUGAAAUCGAACCACUCUGCAUUUAGUGGGAACAGGUCAAAUUUGGAGAACCACAUUUUGAAAUAUCUUGCAGAGAAAGAAAAUUUUGAUAUGUUUCGGGACUAUAUUUUGGAGCCGGAAUGUUUUUUCAAAGACUUCAUCACUGAACAUGUUCAGGAAUACCUCAGAAACAGAACAAAAGUAGAGUAUCUGUUCAAUUCAGAGUGGUCAUUGCUGGCAGAGCUAAUUUUGAGAGAAUGUAGCUCCGUAUCAACAAAGAUUGCUGAGAAUCAAGGAAAUGCCUCUAUGUGGCUUGAUGAAUUCUGUGCAAGACUUUGUAAACAUAUACCUAUUUCAAGGAAGGAUUUAAAGAACAUUGAGAAGGAAGACAUCAGUGAUACUGAGUUUCUGAAGAAGUCCAUUGAAGAAUCAUUCAGAGAAAUCACCAAUAAAGAAAGUAUUAAAAAUAUCUUUGACCAGAUUUUCAAAGCUGGACCAAUUUUCUUUAAGUUUAGGAACAGGCCAGAUGACAUAUUGUUCAAACAGAUGAGUGGAUGCUGGGAGCAGUGUCCAUUCUGCAAGGCUGUAUGCACCAACACUAUCCCCAACCAUGACUCUGAUCACAGUGUUCAGAUGCAUCGCUGUCAGGCCCUUGGUGGUCUAUUUCAUGAGUUCUCACAACUGUUCAAAUUUUCAGAACAGUUUUAUUUGCAGUUUUGUACUGAAAUGAAAGUUAAUGACGAAUUCAAACCUCCAGGCUCUAAUAAGUGGAUUCCAUUUAGUGACUACAGAGAGGCUGGACCCCCAUAUAACAGAUGGAACAUCACACCAGAUGGCAGUGAGCAGCACUACUGGAAGUGGUUCAUCUGCACUUUUCAGUCACAACUUGAGGACCUCUAUCAAUUAAAAUUUGAAGGGUCAGGUGAAAUUCCAAAGGGGUGGAGACACAUUACAAAGCAAGAUGCAUUGAGACAGCUGAAUAUACAGUGA